GGAUUUGCGUCCUACCCGGGCUCACCCGGCCUCCACCCCCACCGGUGCCCACGCCUGGCCCCACCUCCGGUUAUUCGUCAGGCUUGCAAGGGCCUGGCAUUAUCGCCGCCCCCCCACCCCCACCCCCACAAAUCCCGACCCCCGGCCCUGGGUUUGGCUGGUGGGGACGUUGGUGAUCCGAAAGGCCCUUCAAGCUCUGUCGGACAGCAGACCUGCAGGGUGCUGGGGAGAAGCCCGCUCCUGCCGUACAAGUGCUGGUGCCAGCUCCGCUGUGCUCAGACCGGGUGGCACCCACAGGACUUCCAGCCUGCAGCUGCUCCGUGCAGAGGGAGAGGCAGCGUGCUUCAGAGCCCCCACCAUGACUUCCAAGAAGCUGGUGAACUCAGUGGUGGGCUGCGCUGAGGAUGCACUGGCCGGCCUGGUGGCCAGCAACCCCGGCCUGCAGCUCCUGCAGGGCCACCGGGUGGCGCUGCGCUCCGACCUGGACAGCCUCAAGGGCCGGGUGGCACUGCUGUCUGGUGGAGGCUCCGGCCACGAGCCUGCCCAUGCAGGGUUCAUCGGAAAGGGGAUGCUGACAGGUAUCAUCGCGGGAGCAGUGUUCACCUCCCCGGCUGUUGGCAGCAUCUUGGCAGCCAUCAGGGCGGUGGCCCAGGCAGGCACAGUGGGGACCCUUCUUAUUGUGAAGAACUACACCGGGGACCGGCUCAACUUUGGCCUGGCCCGCGAGCAGGCUCGUGCUGAGGGCAUCCCCGUGGAGAUGGUGGUCAUCGGGGACGACAGUGCCUUCACCGUCCUGAAGAAGGCUGGGCGGCGGGGCCUCUGUGGCACCGUGCUGAUCCACAAGGUGGCAGGGGCCCUGGCUGAGGCGGGCAUGGGGCUGGAGGAGAUCAUCGAGCUGGUGAACGCGGUUGCCAAGGCCAUGGGUACCCUGGGCGUGAGCCUGUCCUCAUGCAGUGUCCCCGGCUCCAGACCCACCUUUGAGCUCGCUGCCGGAGAGGUGGAACUGGGCCUAGGGAUCCACGGGGAAGCAGGUGUGCGCCGGGUAAAGAUGGCGACCGCUGAUGAGAUUGUCAUGCUCAUGCUUGACCACAUGACCAACGCCUCCAACGUGUCCCGUGUGCCCGUGAAGCCAGGCUCCUCGGUGGUACUGAUGGUCAACAACCUGGGAGGCCUCUCGUUCCUGGAACUGGGCAUCGUGGCUGACGCUGCCAUCCGCUGUCUGGAGGGCCGUGGGGUGCAUAUUGCCCGUGCCCUAGUGGGCACCUUCAUGUCCGCCCUGGAGAUGCGUGGUGUCUCUCUCACCCUGCUGCUGGCAGAUGAGUCCCUCCUGAGGCUGAUAGACGCUGAAACCACCGCAACAGCCUGGCCGCACAUGCCCAAGGUGUCCGUGACCGGGUGGACACGGAGCCGGCCAGCCCCCAUCGCACCUCCAGAGGCCCCUGACACUGCUGCUGCCGGAGGUGUGGCCUCGCAGAGGGCAGCACGUGUGCUGGAGCAGGUGUGCACCACUCUUCUGGGCCUGGAGGAGUCCCUGAAUGCUCUGGACCGGGCAGCUGGUGACGGGGACUGUGGCACCACCCACAGCCGCGCAGCCCGAGCCAUCCAGGGGUGGCUAGAGGAGGGCCCGCCGCCCGCUAGCCCUGCACGCCUGCUGUCCAGCCUGUCUGUACUGCUGCUGGAGAAGAUGGGGGGCUCCUCCGGGGCGCUCUAUGGCCUGUUCCUGACCGCGGCUGCCCAGCCCCUCAAGGCCAAGACCGACCUGGCGGCCUGGUCUGCCGCCAUGGACGCCGGCCUGGAUGCCAUGCAGAAGUACGGGAAGGCUGCACCAGGCGACAGGACCAUGCUGGACUCCCUGUGGGCAGUGGGGCAGGAGCUCCAGGCCUGGAAGUAUCCUGGGGCCGACCUUCUGCCUGUGCUGACCAAAGCGGUUGAGAGCGCCGCUGCUGCGGCUGAGGCCACCAGGACCAUGGAGGCCGGGGCAGGCAGGGCCAGCUACAUCAGCUCUGCGCAGCUGGACCAGCCGGACCCUGGCGCAGUGGCAGCCGCCGCCAUCUUCCGGGCCAUCCUGGAGGCCCUGGAGGGGCAGGGCGUGUGAUCGCCUCCCGCCGGUCGCUGCCCCUUUCCCUCCUCACCCGUGCCCAUCCCCAGUGUGGCAGGAGCCCUGCGCCCGUCUGUGGUGUCGGCUGGAGUGCCUCGCGCCUUGGAGGGUGGGGCGCAGUCCACGGAUCCCCGCCCUGCCCAGCGGUCCUGUGCGUGGGCGAUAAGGCCUCUUCUGAGCUGGCCCAGCCCUAUGCUGACCCCAAACCCUUCAUGAGUGGCUCUCCGAGCCUGAACCCAGUCUGUGUGGAAAAAAGGCUGAGAAAUAAACCUCAGUGGAGCCAGGUGACCUCA